GACAGGGAUCUGGGUGUACUUUGGAUAAAAUCCCUCAGUAACUGAAUGGACUCUGGUUUGGGUGCUGCUGAGUGUCUCGGGCGCCUCUAGCUGCCAUCACACUGCACAACUUGAGAGAGAAACUGCAUCGAGUCUUUUGUGGAUCCCGAACUAGCCAGGUUGUCUGAAUGAAUGGAGAGCCCAUGGUUGAUCAGAGAGGGCGACAAGACGACGCAGAGGACUAAAUGUGCUCAACUUGAGCCGCAUGAUAUGUAAAGUUGAUAGCACGAAGUCCAGCCAUGGAUUAGCUUCUUUAAAGACAAAUCCACGUGUUUUUCUUGUAGUAAUCUCAUUCCUGCAUCGACCGAGCUUCACCAACAGACAUUGGACGUCGAGGAGAUUUCUUUUUCGCAUGUAUGCAGCCAGCAACAGGUUAUUUACAACUUAGCAUGGACUCCAAUUUGCAGCCGUGCCUCACUGGUUGCUAGACCUGUGUGGAUAUUAAGUUUUGAUGUAUUUUUGCCACUCUUUUCCGUGUACUCACGGCGAUGUGAGUUGCAGCUUUGUGCUCGCCGCCGACCACUGAUCUUAACAGGCUGAAGAGGCGUUUUAAAUGAGAAAUGGGAAGCAAGUGAGAAUGCCACAGAGAGGACCGCUUCAUUAAACAUCACUGGGUGAUUAGCAUCGAGCCUGCCACACGCCGACAGACGGACCUGUGAGGAGCUGCUGUUGGUGCAGGGUUUAUUUUCUCUCCCAAGAAGGACUGCAUGCAUAGAUGGUGCCAAACAAGUGGACAAUGAAUUCAGUUCUGCACAAAUCGCCACCAAGGAGCUGGCUUGGUCUCAGAUUACGUCUCAAUGAGAAGCCUGUCCAGGAGGAGGACUGGGUGGGUUGCCAGCAUCCUCAGUGUCCUGACCGCCGGAGGGCCACUAAGGUUUGCCACCACCCAGACUGCCAAGACCUGAAUAACAAAAGCCCCCUUCACCUGUGUGAGUCAUGUGACUCGCGCAGCCACUCAGAGAACACAGACAACAUGCACUUUGACCGGCACCCCCGAUUUGACUUACAACCUCAAGCCUCCAUCCUGGCUCGGAACGUGUCCACGCGCUCCUGUCCCCCGCGCACCAGCCCCCCCUCUGACCUGGAGGAAGAGGAUGAGGGGAGCAACGACCGCGGGGAGCAUAAAACAGGGGGGAUGAAGUUGGUGAAAAAGAAGCCACGAAGAAGACACACUGAUGACCCCAGUAAGGAGUGCUUCAGCCUUAAGUUUGAUCUCAGCGUGGACAUAAACACAGAAAUUGUACCUGCGAUGAAAAAGAAAACCUUGAGAGAGGUUCUAGGUCCGGUGUUUGAGAGGAACGGCAUUGAGCUGUCCCGGGUCGACCUGUUCCUGGACCAGUCCAACACGCCGCUGUCGCUCAACUUCGAGGCCUACCGUUUCGGAGGACACUACCUGAAGGUCAAAGCGCGGCUAGGCGAUGAGCUGAAGGUGGAGCAGGGUGUGAAGGACUUGCGGUCGCUCAGUCUGCCCAACAUGAAGCCCUCCGGCGGUCAGAGCCCCUACAUCCUCACGCCAGGCAGCGAGAGGGUGGAGCAUGGAUCUCUGGGACGCAAAGAAAGCGUGGAUCUGCUGGGUCAGGCUCGACGGAGGAAGAACAUGACAGAGUUCCUGGGAGAGACGAAUAUUCCUACCCCGGACUCUCUGGGACAGAUCGGGGGCUCUCUGCCCGGAAUCGGGGGCGGCCCUGACAGCUGGAAGAACCGCGCCGCCAGUCGCUUCAGUGGCUUCUUCAGCUCCAACACUGGAGCGGGGCCCUUUGGCAAGGAGGCGGACCGUCUGGAGCAGCUCCAGAGCAAGCUCCACUCCUACAUGAUGUUCGGGCUGCCCAAGGUGCCGCGGCAGCUCUCCUUCCACCACGACUCGUGGGAGGAGGAGGAGGAGGAGACCAACCUGGCCCUGGAGGACAGUUGGCAGAAACUGCUGGACAACCCAGAGACGUUGACAAGGCGACAGUUCCACCAGCAGGAAGCGAUAUGGGAGCUGCUGCAGACUGAGGCGACCUACAUAAAGAAACUCCGAGUCAUCACUGAUCUGUUCCUGUGUGGGCUGCUGAACCUGCAGGAGAGCGGUCUGCUGACGGAGGUGGAGCCUGCCAAGCUGUUCAGUAACAUCCAGGAGAUAGUCUGCCUCCACACAGCCCUGUGGAACCAGGUGAUGCUGCCCGUCUUGGAGAAGGCCAGGCAGGGCCGCACUCUGCUCGACCCCACGGACCUUUACCACGGCUUCCGGACGUUUGGCUCCAGGUUCCAGCCCUACAUCCUUUACUGCAUGGAGGAGGAGGGCUUGAUGGAGAACAUGCGCACGCUUCUCAGGGACAAUGAGCUCUUCAGGACCUACGUCACGUGGGCAGAGACUCAUAAGCAGUGUAACCGUCUAAAGCUACCCGACAUGUUGGCGAAGCCCCACCAGAGACUCACCAAAUAUCCGCUCCUACUGAAGAGUGUUCUCAAGAAGACGGACGAGCCGUCGGCUCGCGACAUUGUCAGCAGCAUGGUAGCCGCAGUUGAGGGCUUCAUCAACAGCGUGGAGUCCCGGAUGCGACAGCGCCAGGAACAGCAGAAGCUAGCCACCAUUUCUGCCCGUAUCGACUCCUACGAGGCUGUGGAGGGCAGCAGUGAAGAAGUGGAGAAGAUCCUCAAGGAGUACAACUGCUUUGACCUCAUGGCUCCCAUGAGAGGAAUCUCCUCGGAGGAGACUCGACAGCUGCAUCUUGAGGGAGCGCUGAGGAUGAAAGAGGGCAAAGACAGUAGGAUGGAUGUGUACUGUGUCCUGUUCACCGACCUGCUGCUGAUUACCAAGCCAGUGAAACGAGUGGAGAAAGUCAAAAUCAUCCGCCAGCCUCUCCUCAUUCACAAUGUCGUCUGUAAGGAGCUCAAAGACCCUGGCUCCUUCAUCCUCAUCUACCUCAAUGAGUUCAAGAGUGCAGUGGCAGCCUACACUUUCCAAGCCAACAGCGCCACCCAGGGGCGGAGCUGGGUCGAUGCAAUCUGCAAUGUCCAGAAUCAGCACCAGAGGCUUCGCAGUGAGGAGGUCCUCCGCCAGCAGAACAGUCUGAAGACAUGUACGCCGGGCGAGGAAGACGAGCUGGAGGAAGAAGAGAGCAGCAACUCCACCACAAGUUCCCCAGUCCUGAGGCACAAAGACCAGCAGAACUCAAGCCAAUCUGAUGGUUCCACUGAGACCCUGUCGGUGAUGGACAUCGAUGAACCAGGCCAACACCAGCAUCCUUCCCCCAACAUGAACCUCAAGAGGACCGGUAAGAUAGACUCAGAUGUGGCUGAGAGGGGUGAGGUCCAGCAGCCUCAGCCCACGAGCCCCCACAGAGUUCACUCCGGUCUCUACCCUGAGCAGCAUCAGGAGGCGGGGCCCGAGGGCGAGGAGAUGGACCCCCAGUGCCGCUCUCUUUCCAUGGACAGUGCCUACGGUACCCUCUCCCCUGAGUCCCUACUGAGAGAACUCCAACCUCAGCCAGGCCAAAGCGAAGGCGAGGAGGGAGAGGGAGACGGCGAGACCGAGGAGGCAGAGCAGGAAGAGACAGAAAUAGCGGAGGAUGAAGAAGAAGAAGAGGAGGAUGCUGCCUCACUAGGGUCCCAGCUGUCGGUAGUCCAGUGCUCUAAACCCCGCCGGCGGCCUCAUGUUCAGCCGCGACUGCGCUGCCUCCAGAAUCAGUCCACUCUGGUCUUGUCCCGCUCUGAGGACAAUCUGUUGCAGCGCCUUUACGCUAAAAGCACCGUCUCCCACACGCCCUCCAUCAGAUCUGAGGCGCAGGACCAAUCACAGCGUAGGGACAUGAAGACAUCGCCGCUGGCACACAGUCAGAGCCUGACUGAGUUGGACCAGAACUGCAUGGAGCUGUUCUCCUGUGACCUGGACCAGUCUGACGACUGCUUGAGCAUGAGCAUGCCCUCCGACAAACUGUGUGCCACCCUGAGGAGGGCGGAGGCCAUGCAUGAGCACACGGCACCCGUGGGACCACAGGGGGGGGACGGUCAGCCCCAAAGCAACGGCACAGGCGGGAAAGUGGCUCCGUCUGCCUGCGUAGAAAGGAAAAAUAAGACAACAGCCGGUGAUUUGGGGGAAAUGUCACCCAAAAAAAGUAAAUCCCCACCCCCGCAGCACAAGAAGCUGACGCUAGCUCAGCUGUACAGGAUACGCACCACUCUGGUCCUCAACUCCACACUCACCGCAUCGGAGGUAUAACCACUCUAACUGGCCUCUGACCAGUGGCAUGCGGGCAUAAUGAGGAACAACACUUGUUGUGCUUCAACGGACUGAACUUCUUGAGAAACAAAUGCACUCUCACUCUCUUGUGUUGCCCUCUCCGUUCUGGUUGCUUUUUGGACAUUGAUCAUACCAGUUGUUGCAUUUCAACAUUUUUUUUCUUCUUUGCUGUUGCAUUGGUUUCCAAAUUCCUUGCGUGGAAGGGAGAGGCUGAGAGACAUUAACGGCUUGCACUUUGCAAUGGAAGUAGCGUGAUAGGGGCUGGGACCUUAAGGUGGACUGUGGGAGCGUGCAGUGUCCGACACAGUGACCGGAGUCAAAGAGAAGGAACACUACGUUUGGAAAAUGCCCUCUACAUGUGGCAGAAAAACAAAUACUGCACCGAGGACGUCCUCCUAAUAUUUAUACUACUCCUGGUUUGCUUUAACAAAAGAAAAAAAAUGAAAAUUGCACAGUUAUCUAAGUUAAGUAAAAGAAUCACUAAAGGAGUGAAUAUACAUUUACAGUCACACAAUGAAUUGGAAUUUAUUGUUUGUGUCUGCUCGUGUCUGUGUGUGUGUGUGUGUGUGUGUGUGUGAGAAUGUGUUCAAACGAUAACAUGGUCCUCAUUUCCCGACUGAACCAAAACUAAUUCCCAUCUCCCGUGAGUACCCUAACACACCCAAAGAUGGAAGUAGUUUCCCAAUUAAAAAUAUAAAUAAAAAAUGCACCCAAAAAGAGGUUCAAUCCAGCCAAUCACGUUUCAACACUAAUGUUGUUAGUGGUAUUGGUAUGUUCCACUAAUUAGAGUUGAUUUCCUAAAAUAAAACAAUGACUGAAUAAGGGUGACUUAAAUUGUUUUGAGGAAUUUCUUGCACUGUCUGAAUAUAUAUGUAUAUAUUAUGGCUUGAGUCAACUCUUGGGGCCUGAAGGUGUCCAAACUACACACACAAGCAUUCACAUGGUCGUAGGGAUAAGUAAAGAAGUCUACACUUGAGCAAUGCAUGUGUAUUGCAUUAGUGUACACACUAAUAACAGAUUGAACAGUUGGGUUGGAUAUUCUCUGAGUUUCUAGGAGAUUUACUUAACAUUCACACUGAUGUUCAGCGUUUCAGGUCACUGAUUUGUAACCUUAUUCCAAUCGCCCAAACCAAACAGGUUAACUGUUUACUUAGUUUUUUUGUUAAUGUGUAAUAUUUAUUAUGCCUGCUAUGUUUUAUAUAUAAGAUAUUUAUAUUAUUUGCUUCAAUGAUUUGUACAUUUUUAUGUUGAUGUAGUCUUAAUAUUUUUUUUCUUGCCAGGCAUGAAUGCUAUGAACCAAAAUCAUGUGUUUCCUCUUUCAGGAAUGAUGUGAAAGUGACUUACAGAAUAAAAAUGCUAAAAUA